GGCAGCUGACGCGUACCGGAGCGUUGUGGUGGGGAGGCGGGUGUCUGCAGGUGUGAGAAGUGCCCUGUGUAUGAAGAUGGAAUUUACAAUUAAACACACAUGGAAUGGUUUACCUGUGAGCCAUGAGCCAACAACAGUUGGGCUGAAGUCAGACAAUGUGUGACUGCUAAUGGAAGUUAGUGCUCCCUUUCCAGCACCACUUGGAGAGCCGGGGAAAGCUUUUAGGAGACUGUGGGACUAUGAAGUUGUAGAAGCAUUUUUCCUGAAUGACAGAACUGGACAAUAUUUAGAAGUUGAAGUUUGUCGCCAUGGACAGCACUUGUUGCUGCUGCUUUCUGCAAGAGUAUGGGAAGAAGAACUUCAUUUAGAGUUUGAGGUGACCAGAAUGAAAACCAAAUGGGAGGGUAAAGCUCAUCUUCCUUGGAAUCAUUUUCCACCAUUCAGUAACAAGUUCAAUGCAUUUGCAAUUCAUGGCUCAGGAGAAGAAAGAAAAUAUGAAGUGCUUUGUCCUGUACCUCGACAUGAACUACAGGAAGGACGGAAACCAGAUUUUCAUCGCCUGGAAUUUUUUGAAGAUUUGAACCUGAAGGGACUAGUGGGAGAAGAUUUGAAGCAGCCUGAAUCAGAUAUUUGGAAAUCUCUCAAUAAUUAGAUGGAUCGAGGCAUAAAUUUUUAUAGCAUUAAGGUUGGAUGAAGCUGUAUGGAAGCAACUUCUUCAUUCUGAGCAGAGUUUGUAAAUACCAGAUUAGUAAGGCUUUCCUUGACAUCAAAAUCAUUGAUCAGUCUUAAAGUCAACUGUAAAGUAUCUGAAUGUACAUAGUAUGCAACAGCUGUGUUUCAGUUCAUCUAGGUAUGGAGUUUUUCAUAUGUGCCAGAGGUGAAUCUGCUCCUAACAGUGAAGGGGAAAAAGCAUGCUAAAAUUACAGCUGUGGUUUUGUGAGAGCUCUAGCCUGAGACUGCCAGUAUCUGGUUUGGAAUCCUUCAGUUUCCUGGAGUUACUCCAUUUCUGCUGUAUUUUCUUGUUUGUUCGUUGUUCUGUUGAAUAAGUCUUAUGUACCUAAAUUUUUUUUUUUUGAUUGUGAUCAGGAGAAAGAAUGCCUCUUCCGGGAACAGGAAAGAAUAUUGCUAUCAUGGCAUUUGUGGUCCAGUACUUGCAUUGCAAGGUGCUGUGGAGGUAUUACACUACCCUCUCCUAUACCUUCCUGUACAAGUUUGCCCUUACAUGGUGUUGAAGGGGAACUUAAUCUGUGUUAGUUUACUAGCAGACUUCUCUGCUUCAAAUUCAGUGUGGAAUUUCUAGCGAUACUUAUGUACACACAGUAGAUCUACAAAAGUUUAUGUAUUCCAGGAAAAGUUUUUGGGACAAAUAAUGUUUAGUAAAACCUUUCAAUGUACCUAGAAAAGCUCAUUUGUUCCAAGACCUUGUCACGUCACCUUAAGGAUUCAGCUCAGACAUAGGAGAAUUUUGUACGCGUGCCAACUGAUGUUGGAAAUACUCUAGGUGCUUACAUUUUCUACAUACGGGCAUGAUUAUUGUUAACAGUAGUGAAUACUGUAAAAUGGUAACAUCUAAUUGUAAAUUCUCACAAUUUACAAGUGAUAUGUUCCUUUUUUGUCUAGCAUAGUAAAUAAUCCUUGACUGUGGCUGCUAACUUGAUCCUAUAUAAAUGAAGUUAGGAAAUGGGAAACUUGCCCACUAACCAGAUGUUACAGCUGAAAAAUAGGUGACUUUAAAAUCUAACUUCUUUGUUUUAUUUCAGAAUGAAGAUUCAGACCAAGACAGGGUCCUCAGUCUCUUACUAGAAAGAGGACCUCCUGCAUCUUGUUGAAAUGUCAUCAUCACAGGCUAAAAGGUCAUGUUCUCUAGUUUUGUGAGAAGGUUUGUUUUGGGACUCUGGGAGAACACAGCUCAGUUAUAACUGAGUGAGUAUUUUUCAGAAAUUAUACCCUGAAGAUGUGGUGUUGGGUCUCAUCCUUUUGUGUUGCAAUUUCUUCUGAACAAUUUAAAAUCCUAGAAGGGACUGGUGUUCUCAUAGUCUGACAUCCCACUCAAAGCAGGGCUAUUGUUGGAGCUAGAUGAGAUCACUUGGGGCCUUGUUGAGUUUUGAAUAACUCCAGAAAUGGAGAUUCAGAUGCUCUGGGUAGCCUGUUUCAAUACUUACUCUGUUAUGAAAACUUUCCUAAUAACCAUUUCCCAUGCUGCAACGUCUGUCCAUUGCCAUUUGUCCUUUCUCUCUGUAUCUCCAAGAUGAGUGACUUUCUCUAUAAUUACUAAUCAGGUAAGUGAAGAUAAGUUAGCUCCCCAUGGAUUUCUUUAAAUGUUGUCUCAUAAGCGGUUCUAAAAAUCUUCUGUGUAGCUUUAGGCAUCAAAACACCUAUGAAAUUCUGCACAAGACUGUGCUCUCCAAGUAAUAUUACUAAAAGGACUCUCUGUUCUCUUAUGAGCUAUAGUAACAGCUAUAGUCAUGUUUCUGUGCCAUCUCUAAAUUUAGCUCUACCUGUAAGUUUUGUCUGAGAAGAAGAGAUGAUGGGAAUAUACUGCCUUCAUGAAGAACAUCUCUGUGAUUAAUAUCUGAGAGAGCAUGUUACUUCAGAGUUCUUGUUUGGCUUUAGAUUCCUUAUUUGUAGUUUCAGUUUUAUAGAGCUAUUCUUUCAAAUUUAAGGAUAUUGGGCUUUUUUGGAUGCAGACUUUGGCAGUGCAUUUAUACAUCCAAUUGUUUUUGCUCUCUCUUAAUUAGACACUGUAGAUUUCUUGAUAUAAAGUGCCAUCUGUUGAAAAUUAUAAGUAUUGUACAUUCAAUGUUUGGCUUCUUUUCUACCUUCCAUCCACAUACAAUCUUUUAAAGGCUGCCAUCAGUCUGAAAUAUUGAGUAAUCCGAAAAUACUGAUUAAAAACAUCUUCUAGACACUGACAUCUCAAAGGUGCUUUUGAAAUUUUGGUUAAAA